AUGGCAACAGAAUGUCUCCCCACUGUCUCAUCUAGCUCCAUGGAGAUGCUGAUAGUUCACAGGCUCAUGAGGAGUGCUCCUGUCAGGAAGCAGAGUGAAGAUGAAAGAUAUUUCAUUGAUCAUAACACAGAAGAAGAUAGGUAUUUCACCAUUGAUGCUAGUACUGGGACCAUUAAGACUGCCAAGAUCUUUGACAGAGAGGAGACACCUUGGUACAACAUCACAGUGGCUGCUUCUGAGAUAGACAAUCCUGGGCUAGUGAGCCAUGUUCCGGUUGGUGUUAGGAUCCUGGACGUCAAUGACAACCCUCCAGAACUUGCCAGAGAGUAUGAUGUAGUCGUCUGUGAGAAUGCAAAGCCUGGUCAGGUAAUUGAAACUAUCACUGCAACUGACAAAGAUAACUCUGCAAAUGGGGCAAGAUUCCAUUUUUCUGUUGAUGAAGGGUUUCCUUUGAAUCCCAACUUUACUCUGAGGGACAAUGAAGAUAAUACAGCCAGUAUCCUGACCAGACGAAGGAGAUACAGUCGAACUACUCAAGACAUCUAUUACCUCCCGGUUUUGAUUUCUGAUGAUGGAGUACCCCCUCUCAGCAGCAGCAGUACUCUCACAAUUAGAGUUUGUGCAUGUGAGAGAGAUGGACGAGUGAGAACUUGCCAUGCUGAAGCUUUCCUCUCCUCGGCUGGCUUGAGCACAGGCGCUUUAAUCGCAAUCCUGCUCUGUGUUGUCAUUCUUCUUGCAAUUGUGGUCCUUUUCGUCACCCUAAGACGUAGCAAGAAGGAGCCCUUGAUCAUUUCAGAAGAAGAUGUCCGGGAAAAUGUUGUGACAUAUGAUGAUGAGGGUGGUGGAGAAGAAGACACAGAAGCAUUUGACAUCACGGCACUGCGGAAUCCAUCAGCUGCUGAGGAGCUAAAAUAUCGGAGGGAUGUUCAUCCUGAAGUGAAGCCUGCACACAGGCAUCAUCCCUCUUCAAGCCUUGACAGUAUAGAUGUUCAGGAGUUCAUUAAACAAAGACUGGCAGAGGCUGAUCUGGACCCCAGCGUGCCCCCAUAUGACUCCCUACAGACAUACGCCUAUGAGGGUCAUAGAUCAGAAGCUGGAUCUAUCAGCUCUCUGGAUUCAGCCACAACACACUCUGACCAGGAUUAUAAUUACCUUGGAGACUGGGGACCUGAGUUCAAGAAGUUAGCUGAACUCUAUGGGGAAAUAGAAUCAGAAAGAACAACUUAG